AUGCUCUCGAACUCUAUUCGUAACAGGUACUAUUGCCCAGACAAGAUGCGCUUGGUAACGUUCGGCCCCGAGAAUCUCGCGGAGCAGCUCUCCACUGCCGAGAAGCUCUUCGGCUCCAUCCCCGUGGGCUCCGAGGAGUGCAGGACCAAGCCGGUGAACCGUUACGACAGCCCAGCACCGUUUACCAAGCUCAAUUUGGGGAAUUUUGUUCACAUUCAAGGCACGCAGCCGUCUGCAGCUCUGUGGCUGCACUUCCCCAUGGAAGCACUUACCGAGCAUUGGGCCAGCCAUCCGACGCAAUACAUCAGCUACCUCCUGGGCUACAGCGGGACAGACUCGCUUAGCCACGUUCUCGCCGACCAGCUUGGCCUCACGACCGACUCGGGCGCCAUGUUCGACAAGAACUUAGCAGGCUCUCAGCUAUUCUUCGUGGCCACGCUUACCGAGAAGGGCCGUAAGGAUCCGUCUGCGGUAAUUGACGUGUUCUUCUCCUAUUUGGCCGAAGUGCGCAGGAGGGGUGUCGACGAGGCGCUCUACAAGUCAAUCGCCAACAUCUCCGCCCUCGAGUGGGAUUGGGACGAAAUGUCUGGCCCCAUGGACACCGCAUCUGGCCUCGCUGGGCUCAUGACCAGACCCGUGCCAGUGGACAAGCUCCUCUCGGCAUCCAAUCGCAUUGAUAAGAUCGAUACCAAGUUGGUGGCGUCGCUGCUCGAGAAGAUCAACCCAGAAAAUAUGAAUGCUGCGCUCAUCUACCCGCCCGUGGAGGAGAAGGAGCUGCCGAACGUCAGCACCGUCCAGAGGGGGCUCCAGCAGGGUGCUUUCAAGAAGCUGCCAUUCUACAACGUGAGCUACAACGUCCAGCCCAUUUCCGAGAUGCUGGGUGACAGCAUGGGCAGGUGGCAGGCUUUGUUGAGGAACCCGCAAGAGCCUAAGGUCGCACUUGCAGCGUCUAAGCUCCCGAGGAUCCCGAGUGAGAUCAAGGACGUGCCGACGAAGAUCCCGCUCGACAACAUGCACGCAGUCCUCCCAGGCUCCAAUGCUAGCUUUGACGAAAAGCUGUUCGGCCAGAAGCCGCAGAAACUUGAGGAUGACCUGUGGUACCGCAGUGGGUGGGUGACAUCCUCGCCCAAGGUGACGAUGCAGCUGAGCUUCAUGCCGCUGAAGACGCCUCUGGAGCCCGAGAUGUCCGCGGUGGACAUGAUGCGCCUGCAGCUGUAUAGCCGCUUGCUGAAAGAGGAGAUGGGGCCGAAGCUGGUGGACCUCAAAGCCACUGGGGUCUCUGGCGGCAUUUCGGUCGGCUCGGGCGGGGUCUCGCUCAGCUUCGACGGCUUCGCCCCUUUGCUACCCAGGCUGGCGGACGAGGUGCUGAAGGAGUUCAACGCCUUCAACGCCAACUCCAGCAUCACAGAUCCGAAGCGCUACGAACGCGUGGUGCAGGACCUGCGCGAGGACCUGAGCACCUACGACGGCAUGCCAGUGUCGUACGCGAACGGCGAUUUGAGCAUGUUGCUCACGAAGGGGGGCCAUUCGCACAAGGAAGCCCUGAAGGCGCUCGACCAGAUGACCCUGGAGUCGGUGGCCAGUGCGGCCGAGGAGCUCAUGCUGUCCCGCAAGCUUCAGCUCACCUCGCUGGCGAUGGGCAACUUGCCGCAGUCACAGGCUGCGGAGCUGGUCCAGCAGGCCGCCGCGGGCGUGCAGAGCAAGGAGCGCAGGAGCAAACUGACGGCCAGCAGCGACGCGAAGGUGGAACUGAUCACCCCGGUCGUGAACCCAGGUCAGCCCAUUGAGUUGCGCGCCAAGAACCCCCGGGACGGCGACCCGAACGACGUGGCAGUGGUGGCCCUCCUGGACGAGGUGAAGACGGUGAAGAGUCGCGUGUUGCUCGGCCUCGUAGGGAAGAUUUUGGGCACGGUGGCCUACAACGAACUGCGCACGGUGCGGCAGUUGGGCUACGUUGUGCAGGGCGGCGCGUCUUCGUUCUCGAACGUGAUGGCCGUCAAGGUGAUGGUGCAGGGCAUCGUCUUGGACGCCGACCAGGCCGAGGCCGCCAUCCAGGCCGUCAUCACCGACUUCAUGCCCCGGAGGCUGGCCGAAUUGAAGCAGGAGGAACUGGACUCCAUGAAGAGCGCCCUGCUGAACGAGCUCAUCACCCCGCCCGUGGGCGCUUCCGAGGAGGCAGGCCACUUCUGGGGCCCCGUGCAGCAGGGCGGCCGCUGCUUCGAGCUCCAGGACGAGAUGUUUGCGUUCCUGAACACUACCGGCGCCGUCACCAAGCAGGCGCUGCAGGAGACGUGGACGGCACUUGCCAUGCCGCCCGAGGGCAUUCGCAAGAAGGUGGUCGCGAAGUACUUCGCGAAGACGGUGCCGCCGCUGCCGCAGGCGUCCGAGGCCGCGGCGAUGUGGACGAAGCAGGGGGUGCCGGAGGCGCACCAGGCCAUGCUGCAGGCGGAGCUCGCGAAGACGCUCGUCGUGGACCGCGCAGACUCGCAGACGCGGGAGCAGGUCCUGAAGACCGGGGGGUACUUCCCCACGGACCUCAAGUGCUCCCGCGCCGCGAAGUAG